AUGACAUUUGCUGAAUGCGGGUACGCUUGGGCAAAAGGUUUAGAAGGUGUUCUUGAAGAUGGAGUUGCAUUGGAUGUCUUUAAACAAUGGAUCAGCGAAAACAAUCCACAAGCGAGAAAUGCAUUAGAUUUACAUUUUGCUAUCAAGGCGUUUAGCAUGAAAACGGGUUGUUGCAAUUUUAUUCCAUCGACGGUUCGAAAGGAGAUGUCCGAAAGGGUGCAUUCAUUAUCUACCGCGAAUCCGCCGAGAAUUGGUUUCUUCAAUCCAUGUACAGAACAUAUUCUUGCACAUUUGCGCAAGCAAUACGAAACUUUUGCUAAUUCAGCCUAUUUCCAGGAGCUAUGUGGUCGAAGUUAUGUUAUUGAAGAUAUACCGUCAACGUCGUAUACGCGCAAUCAGCCGUUAUCCGCUCAUCAGAACCUAACUAAAGCCUCACAUGUGUGCAUGAAUACUGCAGAAUGGGGGCGACGGACGGCUAAGAUGCCAAGGCCUGUUCGACCAAAUCAAAACAUACAUUCGUUGACUGUCAAAAGCGGUAAAUGUGAAUGGGAAAAUCAGAAUAGCUUUCAUGGUGAAGAAGCAUCUAAGAAAAACUUUGGUAGACGGCAGUGUGAUCGUUUUGGAAACAGUUUUUUGUUUUCACCAUACGUUUGUGAAGGUACACGUUUUACGCACGAAAUCGCUGAAGAACGAGAACGUUUUGCAGCGAUUUUGAAAUCAAAACUACAAAUUAUUGCCGAUUUAAUUGAACAAAAACAGCGUGAAACAGGAAAAGAGCUAUACGCGAGAGACGUCCUAACAACUCCGACUUCAAAAGAGGUCAGUUCGACAGCAAAGGAAACCACGAAGAUAAAUGAAGAAAGUGAUUCGGUAAUUAGCGAAGAGGAUCUGUUGACAACCUACGUUGAAAAGAUGAAUAACGCUGAUUCUGAUAAGCAGCCCUCAGCUAGAAAUGAACGACGGCGGUCCACGUCUCUGUCACCGAAUCCAUUUGACGGUCACUCACACAUUUAUACAAAAGUCACAAAUCCGUAUGGCGAACGAGGUUUUGCUCCUCCGCCUGGCGGUUUUCGAUCUCAAGAACAACCGUAUAGCAGCUGUAGUCAUUCACACAUCUCACAAGUAGCGCGUAGUGCUACUCCGUUAUCAAAUGGCGGAUAUGGUGGUCAUCGUUUGUCUGAUAGUUCUGGUUUCUGCAGUGCUGAAUCAGCAAACAUUGUAAAUAUGGGUGCUCUGUACAGAAAAGCUCGUCAUAUUGCUUCUCAAGAUUGUUCACUUCACAAUACAAAUAUGGCCCGAAGAGGAUUUAGUAUGCACCCUGGUGUUUUACACGCAAUUGCGACUUUGCCAAGGCAAGAACGAUGUAGUGGAAACUUUGGUAUGACAAACGAUGAUUCUUUGCUAACUGUUUCAUACAAAGAAGAAAAUGGUGAAGCACCGUUUGUUGCAAAGUUACGUGAACGAGAAAUAACUUUCCGAGAAUUUCGGCACUGUUUUGGGAUUUCGUCAAAAUGUAAUAAAAAAUUCUUCUUCAAAAGCGAGUGUGAAGACGGAUCAGCGCCGUAUCAAUGGACAACAGUUAGCGACGAUCACGCAUAUUUGCCAAUAUUUCAGGGAAGAGUUACGGCUGAAUGUCGUACAUUUACAGAAUCUGACUGA